AGACGCGGUGGAAUUUAAUUUUUCCGCUACGAACGACAACGAAAGUGACGGAGAAUAUAACGUGCUGAUGUUUUCAUCCGUAACGUAACUUUUUAACCGGGACCGUUCUGUUUGUUGAAGAUUAGAAAGUUUGCCUUGCCCGGAUAAGUCCUGAAAUCGACGUUUCUGUCGUUUGUGAGCUGAGAAAAGAGAAAAGGGAGGUAAAAAACGUUCGAAUCUCACAAGGGAUGUGAGCAUGCUUCGACCAACCACCGACGAUGGCGCUGCAGGAUCUCCGUUGUCACGGAGUCUCUUUCGAAUUUCACAACAGCUCACUUCGUCCUAUGUUCUUCGACGGUGAGAUCCCCGAUGUUGAUUGAUAACUAUAAACGUUAACAUUAUCCCUGAAACUAUAAGUGAAAAAUCUGUCUCGUUAACUCAAACCGAAUGUGUCGACGUUUUAAUUUCACACAAGUGCCGGAAAUAUUGUAUUGAAUCGUAUUGUACUGAAUGUGUUUUAAAUCGAACCUUUUACAUCGAAGUGCUUGUAGUGUUUGUAACUCGGUGAGAAAUAUUGUACUUGUAAGAAGAAAAAUAUACGUACAGAACAUAUAUUCCAUUAAAGAGAACAAAUGAAUUCACAACUCAAACGCACCGUUACGGAAGAAAUUGCAAAAAUGAUGGCGCUGGUCUCGAUGGAUCAAUGAUCGAUUAUUUUGUUCUGAGGCAAUAUCGAUUCGACGAACAGCUCGUCCCGACAGGAUUGAUAUCGAUAACAGGAACAAGGAGAAUUAUCGAUAAUAAUCAAAUCGGUCGGUGCAGCCAUCUUAGAAACGAUCACGUGAAUAAAAUAAACAAACAUACAGAAAUUUUAAUAACCUUAAUAACAAAAACGUACAACGAAAAAGGAGAUCACAGAGAUUUAUUUAAUCUUGCAAAUUUAAUUUACAACUUCUCAUGAUGAAGUCCACUUAUUUCCAAAGCAUCGUUGCGAUCGUAUUUUCAAUCGUCGUUCGAAUCACUGGCGAGCAAAGAUUCGCGGAGACGCCAGCGCUGUAUCAAGAAGUGUCGUCCGGUGACGACGUGCAACUGAGGUGCAGGGUGCAGGACAAACGUGGCCAGUGCAUCUGGCAAAAGGAUCGAAAGCCAGUGGGAAUGCAUCCGGAUAAAUACGAAUGGGCCAGCGGACGCGGCAGUGAUUGCACUCUCCUUAUCAGGAGAGCCUCCCUUGACUUCGAUGACGGUUACUGGGAAUGUCAAGUCACUUCUGGCGACUUCACGCGGCAGGAUGCACUCACUUCCUUGCCAUCUCGACUUUUAGUUAGAGUGAAACCCCGGAAGCCACGGCUGGAAUACGGAGGGACGAUUUUAAACUCGGCGCUGACCCUAAGGGAGGGUCACGAAGCUACCAUUUCCUGCGUGUCGAGAUAUGGAAACCCACCGGCCCUUAUCAAAUGGUACAUAGGAGGAGACGAAGUAGAACCACUGAGAGAGCAGACAAAUGCGACAGAAGUGGAUAGUCCAAAGACCUGGGCAGCCCACAGCCUCCUUCGGGUCCGUGGACAAAGGGAGAACCAUGGUCUGCCGAUUCGAUGUAUCACGAUGCAUCCAUCCAGCAUCGUUCCAGUCUCUGCGGAAACACGACUGGAUGUACAUUAUUCCCCGGAAGUGAGACUAGAGACGAAGCCCCGGCUGCUGGUGGCAGCUUUGGAAGAUUCGGCCAGCUUUAUGAGCCUGAAAUGCUUCGCAGACGGCAAUCCCAGCGGAACGAUCAAGUGGUUCAAGGAUUCAGCUCCCAUCGUGGUAACGAGCAACGUGGUGGCGUUGAUGCUAAACAGAACGCAGCAGAACGGCACGAUGACCGGCUCCGAGCUGAGAUUCGAGCCGGUCAAAAGAAACGACGUUGGUCUCUAUUCUUGCAAGGCGGUCAACGCUAUCGGUGAAAGCACCGCAGCUAACUACAGACUAGACGUACAAUAUGGCCCGAAAUUAAAACCAGAAGACCCUACUCGCAACGACACCGUGCAAAAGUACGAGGAAACGACCCUGCUCGGCACAAGCUUGGAGCCCUUCGAGUGUACAGACUUCGAAGCAAAUCCUCCAGCUCAAUAUCGUUGGGUGCACGUUCGCGGUGGCGUUACAGCGACCAUCGAGAAUCCGUUGCAGACGAAGGACGGUGGCAAACGCCUGCGUUUGGAGAACGUGAUGUGGUCCGACGAGGGGGAAUAUCGAUGCGUGGCGUUCAACGUGAUCAACGGAGUGCGAAGAGAAAUGCCCAGCGAGGCUCAUUACGUGCUCCACGUAACCGGACCGCCUGAGAUACAGGCGAGGCCUUCUUCUUCCGGUGGAAAGGGCAUUUACGAGUCGUUGGGAUGGGCUGGGGAACCGGAACACACAUUGAAGUCUAGAUUCUGCUCAAGACCGCCGCCCAGGCUCGUUGCUUGGCAAUGGGGAAGUUCGCACAUCAGAUCUGGCGAGAGCAUUCACCCGAAAUAUGAAGCACUGUCGUUGGAGCACAUCAACGAGGACGAUAUGCCUACGAAUUGUUACUGGGCAAAGCUGGUGAUCAAGGAUCUCCAAAUCGAGGACGCUAGAAUAUACACCCUCUUGGUAGAAAGCGAAAAGGGCAGAGACUCCACCAACAUCAAGUUGAUCAUUCGCGACCCAACGGAAAUGAGAGUAAUCGCCGCGGCUGCUGCAGUUGGCUUGCUGUUUCUUCUUCUUCUGAUAUCUAUCGCCGUGUAUUCAGGCUUGAGAUUGAAGAACAGAAGAUAUCGCCGCGAAGAGGAGGAAGGUAGCAUCGCUGCCGACGCGUUUUACAGCAAUACACCUACGACAGAUAGACAAAAGAACGGGAACUCGUCUCAGAGUAAAGGAUACGCAAGGAAAACGAACUCGGAGGGCGGAUUGGCUGUUACGUAUGAUUAUGACCAGAUAACAAAGCAGGUGCGCGCCAUGAGUCCAGAAGCGCUGAAAGUCAGGCGAGCACCAGCUGUUCUUCAACCACCAACCAUUGUGUGACUAUUACUGUACGAUGACUGACGGUGAAUUGUUCUGUUAUUGACCAUAUUGUACACUAAAAACCACUAAAAACAGGUCAACAUUUUGUAUACUAUUUGCGACUGAAAAGUUUAGAUUUUCUAUGGUAAUACUUAGGAAAUUUUCGUUUAUUUUUCUCGUAAUGAUGAGAAUUAUUUAUUCAUAAGUAAUUUGAUAAUGUAUGUUGAUGUUGUCAUAGAUAAAAUUGAAUGUAUGUGAUAAUUUCACUGCAAAUGUUAUCUCGAGUACUUAACUGAUCAAUUUUUAGAAAUUUUGUUUUAUUUGGGAAUUAAAUUGUUUGUUGUUACUAUUACUGUUACAUUUUAGAUUGAUUUUAAGCUUUGUAACUUUGUGUAGAAAGUAAAAUACUUGGUUUGUAAUACUGCUUGUGCAACACACAAAUGCACUUUUGUAUUAAUGUACUAGAAUUAGAGUUUUAGUAUUUGCGUGCCUGAUCUCGUUGAACAUUGCUUGUAACAUACUCGAAGUCUUACAUCGAUACAUACUUUUGCGAUAUUUUUAUGUAAAAAGUAAUGUCUAAUGAUAAAUAUUUGUACAUAUUAGAUUAUUAUAUAAGGAAGGUAUUGCAUAAUAUAAUAGGAAAUAUUUAACUAAUUUCAAAGGUAUUUCACGUGAUAAAUCUUGCACUAUAAAAUAACAUAUGUGUUCAGUGCAAUAAUAUGCAGCGUUAAUUUAAUAUCGUUAAUUCCAAAGCGUAUUAUUAAGAUGUUAUAAUAAAUUUUGGGCCUUUUUCAAGUAUAA